CCCUUCGUUCUCCCCCCUCAAAUUUUCUGCCCUUUUGGUCCCUUCUUCCAUCGUUCUCCCUCUUUUCUCCCUUAGUUGGAUUACCCUUUUCCUUCUUCCUGCGCAGGCUCUUCUCCACAACCCUUCUCUCUGAUGGUAGACGAUCACCAUCGUCAUCAUAACUCGGAGAGUAUUACUAUCAUUGGUUCCUCGACGACGACGACGUCCGAUGUUGACGGCAAAAACCCUAAUAACAAGAACUCGACGUCAUCAUCCUCCUCCUCCUCCUCGCCAAGCGAGAAGACCCGCAGGCGUUCUAAAGCCAAGGAUUUUUGGAGGGUUCAUCGCACUUUGAUUGCGAAAUGGUGUCACGCUGCUCGGAAUAUUAAUACCUCCUCUUCGACACCAACUUCUCCGUUUUCGUCGCCAUCGCCGCCGCCCGAGCGGCCGCCGGGGUCUUCGUCGCCGUCGACGUCGUCUUCUUGUUGUUCUGAUGGUAAUAAGGUUGGUUUGGGAGAAGGUGAUGAUCAGCCGGCGCCUGGUUUAGCGCCCAGAGUUGAAUCCCAAAGGGCUGAAGAAGAAGAAGCAGCAGUAGAGAAGAACAAUACAAUGAAUGGAAUCCACAGCUUCAGAUACACCGCCACCGCAGCAGAUCCCACCACCACCACCACAACUCCCAAAGGCGUAUUCAAGCAAAAAACCAAAGAAGCAGAUUUCCUCCGAACCCUAACAAACCCUCUCUCCAGAAUCGCCAGCAAAAGGAGCCCUUCCCCUAAAUCCUCCUCCAAAAUCGGCAGCCGGCGUAGCGGCUCCCCUCUAUCCUUCGUCCACCGAUGCAUCACCGGCCGGAAACCCACCACCACCACCACCACCACUCCUCCUCCCCCUUCCACCUCCGACGUCCACCACGACCGCAGCUCCUCCCCUGCCUCCGCCGCCCCUCCUCCUCCGUCCACGGCGCCAGCCUCGCUGGCGAGAGAUGCCAGCGUGAGAAGUAGUGGUAGUAGUAAUCUUGGUGGGUUCUCGAGGAACCCGAGCCAGAGAAGCACGACGCCGAUCAUGUUCUCCAACUCCACCGGACGGAAGGUGAAGCCCCCGCCGGUGCAGCAGAACUUGGAGUGCACGCUCGAGGAGCUGUUCUACGGUUGCACUAAGACUGUCAAGGUCACCAGAGACGUCCUCACCGACCGAGGGCAAAUAGUUCAGGAAGACGAGACGCUCUCCAUCCAAGUGAAGCCCGGAUGGAGGCGAGGCACCACGAUCACAUUCGAAGGCACCACCACCGCCACCACCGCGGGGACCACCGAGCCGCCGCCGCCGCCGCCGCGUCGUCGUCCCGUCGGAUCCGAGCCCGCCGACGUCACGUUCGUGAUCGUGGAGAAGCGUCACCCUCUGUUCCGGCGGGUGGGCGACGACCUGGAGAUCGCGAUCGGGAUCCCGCUGGUGCAGGCGCUGACGGGGUGCGACAUCUCCAUCCCUCUCCUCGGCGACUCCGGGGAGGUGAUGAAUCUGACGAUCGAUGACGUCAUCUACCCGGGGUACGAAAAGGUCAUCGACGGGCAAGGGAUGCCGAGGUUCAAAGAGGAAGGGACGACGAGAGGGUUGCUGAGGGUGUUGUUUCUGGUUGAGUUUCCGGCGGAGUUGACGGAGGAGCAGAAGGCGGAGAUUGUUAGCAUUUUAGAGGAGGAGGAGGGUGAGUGAGUGAAGAGAUAGUUUCGGGUAAUGUAAUGUGGAUUCGUUUUGUUUCUUGAUGUGUACAUGUAGAGAUUUUUUAAUGAGUAUGGUAAUUCGAAUAUUAUGAAUAAUGGGUACAUGAUUUUUUUAUUAUUAUUUAAUCCG